AUGCUCCGUUCUACAUUUGUACUUGCUCUUCUUAUCCUUUCAAUCGUUGGACUCAUGCAAUGCCAACCAAUUAGCCAAGACAACAACCUAUACGGUUACAAUGAACUUGAGGAAGCCGAAGCCCCAUACUUGAUGAACCUUCUGAAACGAACGGCCGUAUUCUUCCCAAGUGGAAAUCACGACAAAAUGAUCAAAGCGAUUCUCAAAUCAAGAAGAUAUUAA